AUGCCUCCAAAUCGACCACUGUACUCGCAUCCAGAUGCGGAUAACCGGCACUCUUUCCAGUUCGACAUGGAAAUUCCGCCAUUAACUGCUGAUUUACCCGCGUUGUUGCCAUACACCAAGCCGCCACCAAGAGUCGACAGCACGAGAAACAAUGCACUUGAUGCCUUGUCGUUUGCAGCCAGCCAGGCGGCUUCUUCAGAACUGCAAAGCCCCGAGCCAGAGCCCAACACGUCAUCUAGCAGAAAGCUUACACGGAAGUUGGUGCCAAUUUUACCUCGACCUGAUAUCCCAAGACCCGAACCUGAGGCUGAGAAAGCUUAUCGUCGUCCGCGUAGGAAAUGUGAUAUUUGCAAUGGCUAUUUUGGCAAUUUGUCCACUCACAAGUCAGUUCACAUUUCCAAAGACUUUAGGUCACACAUCUGCUUUGUCUGUGGCCGCAAGUUUUCACGAACAACUGAUUUGAGCCGUCAUGAGCAACUACACCGUGGGGCCGCAUACAAAUGCCCAUUGUACUGUGAAAAGCCUCUUCCAGCAGACGUCCAAUCCGUGCUCAACAUUUUACCGAGCUGUCAUCAGAAUGGUUGUUUCACGAGAGGAGAUACCUAUAAGAACCAUUUGAAAUCAAUGCACUUUGAGUACCCGUCGGGUACACGAAAGGCGGACCGGCGAGCCAGCAGGGGCAAUUGUCAAGCUUGUGGACAGAUGUUCGAUAACGCAGAUAUCUGGAUGUCGAGCCACAUCGAAACUGGUAUAUGCAGCGGAGUACAGACUAUUGCCAAGACCCAAAGUCAAAUGCUAACAUAG